AUGGCCGGUGAGUCUUUUACUGUUCCAAGAACAGAUCCCUGGGAAGAAAGAGUUGUGGAAGGCACUAGCUCUUCUGGAAGCCGCUGUUUUCAUGAUGUGAGAAAUCCUUGUGCUCCAAACAAAGUCCCGACAGAAAAGAGAGAGCUGUUUAUCCAUUCACUGGGUAAAGGUACAAUGAAUGGCUUACUGGAUGAAUUAUUACAGACAAGAGUGCUGAACCAGGAAGAGGUGGAGGAAGUACAACAUGAAAAUGCUACAGUUACAGCUCAGGCCCGAGCUUUGCUUGAUACCGUUAUUCAGAAAGGGACUCUGGCAUGCCAAAUUCGCAUCACAUAUAUUUGUGAAGAAAACAGGUACCUGGCAUGGACGCUAGAACUCUCAGCAGGUCCGACAUCUGGAAAUCACCUUACUACACAAGACUCUCAAGCAGUACUGCCUUCCUUCCUAGCUCCUCAGGCAGUGCCAGUGUGGGGCAACCCUGCUAUGCCUACAUCCUCAGGCUCAGGAAGAAGCGUCAAGCUUUGCUCCCUAGACAAAGCUAAAAGGAUAUGGAAAGAAAAGUCAACAGAGAUAUGUCCAAUAAUGGACAAGUGAAGUCGCACACGUCUUGCUCUCAUUAUCUGCAAUGAAGAGUUUGACAGUCUUUCUAAAAGAACAGGAGCUGAGGUUGACAUCAUCGGCAUAACGAUGCUGCUGCAAAAUCUGGGGUACAAGGUGGAUGUGAAAAGAAAUCUCACUGCUUCGGAAAUGACUACAGAGCUGGCGGCAUUUGCUCGCCGCCAAGAGCACAAGACCUCUGACAGCACCUUCCUGGUGUUCAUGUCUCAUGGUUUUCAGGAAGGCAUUUGGGGGAAUCAAUACUCUGAGCAAGUCCCAGAUGUAUUACAACUCAAUGCAAUCUUUAAAAUGUUGAAUACCAGGAACUGCCCAAGUUUGAAGGACAAACCGAAGGUGAUCAUCAUCCAGGCCUGCCGUGGUGAGAACCAUGGUGUGAUAUAUUUUGAGGAUGAUUUUGAGGAUGAUGCUAUUAAGAAAGCUCAGAUAGAGAAGGAUUUUAUUGCUUUCUGCUCUUCAACAUCAGAUAGUGUUUCUUGGAGACAUCCCACAAAGGGCUCUGUUUUUAUUAUGAGACUCAUUGAACAUUUGCAAGAAUAUGCCUGUUCCUGUGAUGUGGAAGAAAUUUUCUGCAAGGUUCAACUUUCAUUUGAGCAGCCAGAUGAUAAAGCACAGAUGCCCAGCACUGAAAGAGUGACUUCGACAAGACGUUUCUACUUCUUCCCAGGACAUUAAAAUAAGGAAGCCGUAUGCAUGUCUGUGUGCAGGUUACGACUACCAUAAAUGAGAGGUACUGUGGCAUGAUCUCUACACCUGCCAUUGCAUCCUAGAAGGUAAGAAUGAUUAGGAGGUCCCUUCUAUACAUGAGAACACAGCGGCUGAGAGAUGUUAAAUAACUUGUCCAAAAUCUAAUAGCUCAUAAACAGAAGUUAAUCUCAGAACUAUUAGAUAUCCAAGUCCACACUGAUAAGCUGUGCAGAAAAGAGGAAGGUUUUAGAUAAAGAAAACACAAAACAACAUGUUAUAGUUGAUCAGUGCUCUAAGUUGUAUCAAUCAAAAUGUGCUGAUAGUCCAAAAAUAUAAAUAAGAAGAGGAGUUAGGUAAGAUGAAAGAGUAUAUGAUGUUCUAAGGUUUGGAAAUGGGACGGCCAAAACCCAAGCACAGGAAUUUUCUGUCUUCCGUGGCAGAGAUUCUUAUAGUAUCUACUCUGUCAUUUAAAAUAAUAUUGUUUCACACACUUCACACUGAUAGAAGGAUUUUAAAUCAAUACGCACAUUUUAAAUAUUACUUAUAGUAGAAUUGCUACGUUCGUUUAUUUUAAGAUAAUUUUCCUUAUGUAAUGCUAUUUUCUGGAUACAUAUUUCAGUCAAUAAAUUGGUUCCUGUAAGUUAUCUCCCCUCUGUCUAACUAUUGCCAUCCAAUGUGGGUGGCGGGUAAUUACAGUUCAGUCACUGUUAAGAGGUGAUUCCUCUUACCAGAACUAUGACUAAUUUGUGGAGGCUUGAGUGUGUCCUGAAAUCAAGAAAUAAAAUCAAGAAAAUCAAGAAAACCAAGAAAAAAAAAUUUUUUUCCAAAUCAGUCUAUUAUUACUACCACUGACCUUUUUCAUUUCAAAUUUUAAUGUUAUUUUAGUAUAAUUUACAUCAAAGAAAAUGUACCCCUUUUAAGAAUAUAAAUUGAUUAUUAAUUAUAUGAGGAUAUUUAGUAUAAUAUCCCAUUUAAUAGACAAAGCAAUAUUGUCACCUCAAAAAGUUUUGUCAUGCCCUUUGUUCUCAAUUUCCUUCCAUUUCCUCCUCUGAUAAGUAGUGAUUGAAUUUCUACAACUAUACAUUAGUUUUUUCUAAUCUAGAACUUUAUAUAAUUGGAAUCACAGGGUAUGUUUUCCUUCCUAUAUGGCUUCUUUCACUCAUAAAGAAAGUAUAAGUUUUCCAUCCAUGUUAUUGCAUAUAUUAGUAAUUUUUCCCUUUUAUGACUGAAUAGUAUUUCAGUGUAUGUGUCUAGCACAAAUUGUUUACUUAUGCUCCCAAAUUGGAUAUUGAGUUGUUUCCAGUUUUUGACAUCUUUCUUUUUGAGGAAAUAGGGGGCCUUGCACUCUCAUGGCUCAAUGUUUACAUUCCCAGGAAACUAGACUCAAGGUUCAUGAUUCUACAUCCCCAUAUAUAUGGUCUAAUCAUUGUUUCUGUGUCCUGGAUGUCACUUUGGCGUGCUUCAACUCAGUGGUUCUUGGCUCUGACUGGUGGGGAGAAACCCUCGUGUGAAACCCUUAAGUAGCAGAGAAAACAAAUGAGUCAGUAUAUAAAUUUAAAAGUAAAUAAACUAAAGAGAAGUGGUACACAGACAAUGUCUGCUUUCUUCCGUGUUACAAUUCCUUCCAGUGGCAAGGAGCCCAAGAUUUUGUUGCAAUCAGAUUAGGUCAUUGGCAGAGUAAAGAUACAAACACCAUGAAGAACACCUUAGAUUAAAAGCCACGUCAUUGUCUUCCUACACAGUCGGUUCUACUUAACCAAUGACAUUUAAGUCUUAGCCUAGAGCACAGGAAGUAAAACUGGUAGUCCACAUGUCAAACCAUAAAUAUUUUUGUAAAUCUGGUCGUUAUCCUCCAAAGAUAAUAACAUAACAGCCCAAGAAAAUUUUCGGCAAAAAAAAUGAUGAAUGAAAUGUACCGUGUGCAUUUUGCUAUUCCAUCUUCCAUCAAGUUUAUUCAUGAAAUAAAUUAGCCACAUUGAGUUUAUUUCUGGGAUAAUCAAUUGAGCAUGUACUGAUAAAGGCAGGGACCUCUUCUGGCCUUCCCUGGCUACCUCUGUGUACAAUUUUCAUGAGUCCUGCAAUACUUCAUCUCCCACUUCUCCAAUUAAUUUCUUAUUCUUCUCAUUGCUUGGCAUAUUUUAUCAUUCUAAAUAUUCCAGUUACAUAUUACAUACCAGGUUUCAUGUUUAUCUUUCCCUCUUGAAUGUGAGAGCAAGGGGAAAAGGAUCAUAAUAUGUUUUGACUGAACCCCUGAAACCGAGAACCAUGUUGUCCACAUAUAUUUGCUAAAUGAAUGACUGGAGGCACUGCGUGAGGAUUCUAACAAAAGAUAAACUUAGCUAGAUAAUCUGCAAAUAAUAAUCCUUGAUUAUUUUUCUAAACUGAAAUAUUUGUAUUAAUUAUAGUAAUAUCCCUCAUUAUCUGCUUACCAUUUGCCUGGCAAUAUUCCAUUCAUUUUUCACAUUUUAUCUCAAUGCUGCUCAAAACUGUGUAGAUAUGUAUAUGUACUAUUAACAAUAUUAUUUUACAGAUAGAGGAACCAAUGUAUAAAGAAUUUCAAUAUCUUGCCCAGGAAGGUGAGUUUAACAUGUUAGGUUCGACAUUCUGAGUUCAGAGUCUAUGCUUUGGGCCUCUAUGAUGCAAUGUCCUUCAAAAGAAAGACAUCCAAGAUGAGUGAGUGACUCAUGGCUCAUGCCUGUAAUCCCUGCUCUUUGGAAGGCCAAGAUGGGUGGAUCGCUUGAGUGCUGGAAUUCAAAAUCAGCCAAGGAAACAUAGGGAGAGUCCAUCUCAACAAAAAAUACAAAAAUUAACCAGCCCUGAUGGCACUUGCCUGUAGUUUUUAACUACUCAGGAAACUGA